AUGUCUGGGAAUAGUAGUUUACUUUUGAAUUCCAGCAAUCCUGGUAUCCAGUUUGAAGARAAAUGGCAYGAAAUAAGACCUACAGUGAAUAAAUUACUACAGCAACAGACAGUUAAGAAUGCUGAGUGGCAAAGUUUAUUUUGGGAAAUUCACAAAGUCUGUAAUUGGGUGGAGAAGGGAUCACAAAAAGUAUACAAGGCUUUAAAAGAAGAAGUUUCAAUUUUCAUCAAGCAAGUACAAGAGAGAGUUCUGAGACAUGAGGAAGACCACUCUCUCCUCAAAGCAUACAACGCAGAAUGGAAAAAGUUUUUUACCCAAUGUGAUUUCCUGCCUAAGCCCUUUAGUACUUUAGAAUCCAAUCUUCAAGGGAAAACUGGUAGUGGCAGUAGCAAAAGACCUUUAUCGGAUGGUAUAACUGUACAAAAGUUAAUGUUAGAUGCUUGGAAUGAGGGAAUUUUUUCAAGUAUAAAGACUCGUCUCCAGUCUAGUGCCAUGAAGCUUGUGUAUUCUGAAAGAAAUGGUGAAGCUUUUGAUUCUCAGUUGGUGAUAGGUGUCAGAGAAUCGUAUGUGAAUCUCAGCUCAGACAUCACAGACAAGCUAAAGAUUUACACGGAAAAUUUUGAAAAAGCUUACGUUGAGGCAACAAGGGAAUUCUACAAGACGCAAGCUUCUGCGUACUUGCAGCAAACUGGAGUACAAAGCUACAUGAAAUAUGCUGAAGUUAAGCUUAAAGAGGAAGAGCAAAGAGCAAGUAGAUAUCUUGAGACAAGAAAAGGAUGUAACUCUAUUGCUGUUUUAACUGAGUGCUGUGUCAAUGUUCUGGUUGGUGACUUCAAGGAAACUAUACUAGCUGAAUGCCCUGGAAUGAUUGCCGACAAUGAAACUGACAAACUUCUUCUAAUGUUUAAACUGAUGGAUCGUGUGCAAGGAGGAGUUGAUCCUAUGAUACAAAGUCUAGAGUCUUACAUAGUAACCACAGGCCUCGACGACAUGAUGGCUACUGCUGAGACUAUCACCACGGUAACAAACAGUCAUGGUGAUUUGAUGAAAUAACAAAGAGAAACAGGCAAUACAAAAAACAAAGAUGUCCAGUCUGAUAUAAUUCUGCAAUUCUUUGUGUUUGUUGUCUUGAUCAACCACAAGCUUUGUUCUGACGGUAGUGGUUGACCCAGCCAUGA